AUGGAGCAGUCUAGCAGCCGGAAUUCCGGGGCCACUGGGGGUGCGGGUGUCUGGGAUGGGGCUCUCCGCCGUGCUGGUGCAGGUGGGCAGCACCCCAGUGUGGACGCCCCUGGGAGGGGGCCACACACGAUCCCUCGGGGCCUCUGGUCCUGGGUGCAGGGCUGGCUCUAUCCAGUCCGUCUGGAGAUCCCAGCCUUCCUGUUAGGUGCACCAUCCCCCACCCCCAACUACCCUGGUGUCCAGCUCUGGGGCAGCCACGGGGUGCUAGGCCUGGGGCUUCUGGGCAGUGACCAGGGCCAAAGACUGCUGGUGAAGCCCUGUCAGGAGAGCCAGCUGAGUACCCUGGAGGACCUGGAACUCCUCCUGGAGGAAGGGCUGGACAGCCCUGAGCCUCUGAGUCUAGAGGAGAUCUCGGAGCGAUAUGAGACCAGCCGCUUGGCGUCCACCAUCUCUGUCCCGGAGCAGGACACCCCCCAGCGCUGGAAGCAGCUGGAGCAAUGGGUGGCCGACCUGCAGACUGAAGUGGCGUCCCUGCGGGGACACAAGGACAACUGUGAGCGUGCCACCCUGAGCCUCCUGCAGGAGCUGCGCCAGGUGCGGGCCCAUAUGCAGCUACAGGAUUCAGAGCUGAGGAAGCUGCAGCAGGAGCUGCAACAGGCGGCUUGGGCCCCCGAGAAGGAGGCCCGGGAGUUUCCCAGGCCCCAGACCCAGAACCAGAUGCAGGCCCUGGACAAGAGGCUGGUGGAGGUCCGGGAGGCUCUGACCCAGAUCAGGAGGAAGCAGGCGCUCCAGGACUCUGAGCGGAAGAGCACCGAGCAGGAAGCCAACUUCAGGUUGGCCAAGCUGGCCGGGAUGUUGGAGCAGGAGGAGCAGGACCGGGAGGUGGCCAUUUGCAACCUGCAGAGGAGCCAGGAGGAGGCCAGCCAGAGGAUGGACCAUGAGGUGGCCAGGAUGCAGGCCCAGGUGACCAAGCUGGGCGAGGAGAUGAGCCUCCGCUUCCUCAAGAGGGAGGCCAAGCUGUGCGGCUUCCUGCAGAAGAGCUUCCUUGCCGUGGAAAAGGUGGGAGCCUGUGGGAUCCCCGGGGCUCUCCCUGCCCCCGUUUGCCUGGCUCACCACAACCUGGGGGACCUCUCGCAGAGGAUGAAGACCUCAGAAAGCAUGCGGCUGAAGGCCGAGAGCAGCCUGCGGGAGGAGCUGGAGAGCAGGUGGCAGAAGCUCCAGGAGCUGGCCGAGGAGCGCGUGCAGGCCCUGCGGGGGCAGUGCAAGCAAGAAGAGUCACACCUCUUGGAGCAGUGCUGGGACCUGGACAGGGCUGUGGUCCAGCUGACCAAGUUUGUGCAACAGAACCAGAUGUCGCUGAACCGCGUCCUGCUGGCUGAGCAGAAGGCCCGGGACACCAAGGGACACUUGGAGGAGAGCCAAGCUGGGGAGCUGGCUGCCUUUCUGCAGGAGAACCUGAAGGCCGUGCAGCUGGCCGGCGAGCUGGCCCUGCAGGAGAUGCGUGCCGCCCUGGAGCUGCUCCAAGAGAAGAGCCAGGCCCUGGAGGUGUCUGUGGACGCGCUGGUCAGACAGGUGAAGGACCUGAGCGACCACUUCCUGGCCCUGAGCUGGAGGCUAGACCUGCAGGAACACACGCUGACCCAGAGGCUGUGUGAGGCAAAGAGCGAGUGGGAAGGCACAGAGCAGAGAUCGCUGGAGGGCCUGGCUCAGUGUCGAAAGGAGGCCCAGGCUCACCUGAGGGAGGUGCAGGAGACAGUGGACAAUCUGCCCCGGCAGAUAGAAGCCGUCUCUGACAAAUGCGUCCUGCAUAAGAGCGACUCAGACCUCAAGAUUUCCGCCGAGGGCAAAGCCAGAGAGUUCGAGGUUGGGGCCAUGCGGCAGGAGCUGGCAGCUCUGGUGUCGUCCAUGCAGCAGCUCAGGGAGUGCAACCCUGGGCGGAAGAUCGCGGAGCUGCAGGGCAAGCUGGUCACGCAGUUCUUCGUCAAGGAUGUGGCCCCCGGCGAGGUGGUCCCUGUGAACCGCUGGGGGCGUGUAUCAGGCUAUGAGGUGAGCAGUGGGGAGCUGCCUUCGGGAGACCCCUCCGGGUGGCUGCAGUGGAAGGCGGUCCUCAUGAACCGGGUGGCCCAGUGGAGGCCGAAAGCCGUCUUGGAGAAGUCCCCUGGCCAGGAGCCUGCCCUUCAGCUCAUGUCCUUGCCCCUUUCCCAGAAAUAA